GAAGUGAGUGGUAGUGAGUGCCGACAUCAUCCGGAGGUGCGCGCGCGUGUAAAGAGAAAGAGGGUUUUUUUUUUCUUUUUGGACAUCUUUAGGAGACCAUGAGGGUGUAGUGAAGAAAAAACAAGAAGAAAUAAAACCCCCCAAAAAAAAGUUUAACCAGAGAAACUACCAGAAGAAAAGUUACUGAAGUUAAAUUCAAGACACACGAAUAAGUCAAGCAACAACAAAAGAAGAAGCAGAAGAAGAAGAAGAAGCAGAAGAAGAAGAAGAAGAAGAAGGAUCCGGCACGAUGAUAGCCUCACACCUCCUAGCGUACUACGUUACUGAACUCCAUCAUGACCAUGUGCAGAAAGUGGAUAAGUUCCUGUAUCACCUCCGUCUGUCCAACGAGAACCUGAUGGACGUGUCCCUGCGCUUCCGGAGGGAAAUGGACAAAGGGCUGGGCAGGGACACCAACCUCACAGCCUCGGUCAAAAUGCUGCCCACGUUCGUGCGCUCCACACCUGACGGCACAGAAAAAGGCGACUUUCUGGCGCUGGACCUCGGAGGGACAAAUUUCCGAGUCCUGCGUGUUAAAGUGUCCUCUAACGGCAAACAGACGGUGGAGAUGGAGAAUCAGAUUUAUGCCAUUCCAGAGACACUGAUGAGGGGCAGCGGGACAGAGCUCUUUGACCACAUCGCUGAAUGUUUGGCCAACUUCCUGGAGAAACUGGGCAUCAAGGAGAAGAAACUGCCGCUGGGCUUCACCUUCUCCUUCCCCUGCCAGCAGACCAAACUGGACGAGAGCAUCCUGGUGUCGUGGACCAAGGGCUUCAAGGCGAGCGGGGUGGAGGGGAAAGACGUCGUCAGCCUGCUGAGGAAAGCCAUCAAGAGGAGAGGGGACUUUGACAUCGACAUUGUUGCUGUGAUCAACGACACCGUAGGCACCAUGAUGACCUGCGGCUUCGACGACCAUCACUGCGAGAUCGGCCUCAUUGUAGGAACGGGUACGAAUGCAUGCUACAUGGAGGAGAUGAGGAACCUGGAGCUGGUGGAGGGAGACGAGGGCCGCAUGUGUGUGAACAUGGAGUGGGGAGCGUUCGGAGACGAUGGAUCUCUCGAAGACUUUCGCACCGACUUCGACCGCGAGAUCGACGCCGGAUCACUGAACCCCGGCAAACAGCUAUUUGAGAAGAUGAUCAGUGGGAUGUACAUGGGUGAGCUCGUGCGUAUCAUCCUGGUGAAGAUGGCUAAAGAGGGACUGCUGUUCCAGGGCCAGACCACUCCCGAGCUGCUCGUCACCGGUCACUUCAAAACCAGCUACGUCUCAGACAUCGAGAACGACAAGAGUAAAGAAGGCCUGGUGUGUGUGGAGCAGAUUCUGCGUGAUCUGGGGCUGGAUCCGUCUCUUGAGGACUGCAUGAUUGUGCAGCGUGUGUGUCAGAUCGUGUCGACGCGAGCAGCUCAUCUGUGCGCAGCGACGCUCGCCGCCGUUCUGCGCCAAAUCCGUGACAACAAGGCCGUGGACCGACUGCGCACGACCAUCGGAGUGGACGGAUCCGUGUACAAGAACCAUCCGCAGUUUGCGCGGCGGUUACAUAAGAUGGUGCGCAGUCUGGUGCCUGACUGUGACGUGCGUUUCCUGCGCUCGGAGGACGGCAGUGGGAAGGGCGCUGCCAUGGUAACGGCGGUGGCCUACAGGUUGGCGAAGCAGCACGCCGAGCGUCAGCAGGUCCUGGACACGCUGCGGCUCAGCCGGGAACAGCUGAUGGAGGUGAAGAGGAGGAUGGAGGUGCAGAUGAAGAGGGGACUCGCCCUGGACACCCACGAGUCAGCCUCCGUCAAAAUGUUACCCACCUAUGUCAGAGCCACGCCUGACGGCACAGAGCAUGGAGACUUCCUGGCGCUGGAUCUGGGCGGGACGAACUUCCGAGUGCUGCUGGUUCGAGUGCGCAGUGGGAAACGGCGCAGCGUGGAGAUGCACAACAAGAUUUACACCAUUUCACAGGACAUCAUGCAGGGCACGGGGGAAGAGCUGUUUGAUCACAUCGUCCACUGCAUCGCUGACUUCCUGGAGUACAUGGGAAUGAAGGGAGCAUCAUUACCUCUGGGAUUCACCUUCUCUUUUCCCUGCCAUCAAGCUGGACUGAACAAGGGCAUUCUGCUGAAGUGGACGAAGGGCUUCAAGGCUAGCGGCUGUGAAGGAGAAGACGUAGCGGUGCUGCUCAAAGACGCCAUCCAUCGCAUGGAGGAGUUUGAUCUGGACGUGGUUGCCGUGGUGAACGACACGGUGGGGACGAUGAUGUCGUGUGCAUACGAGGACCCUCAGUGUGAAGUGGGGCUCAUUGUAGGUACGGGUACGAACGCGUGCUACAUGGAGGAGAUGAGGAACGUGGAGCUGGUGGAGGGAAAUGAGGGCCACAUGUGUGUGAACAUGGAGUGGGGAGCGUUCGGAGACGGUGGCGAGCUCGACGAUAUCUGCACCGAGUUCGAUCACGCUGUGGACGAAAACUCCACCAAUCCUGGCAAACAGAGGUUUGAGAAGAUGAUCAGUGGGAUGUACCUUGGGGAGAUCGUCAGGAACGUCCUGCUGGAUUUCACCGCCAAAGGUCUGCUGUUCCGCGGAAAACUCUCCGAGAGACUCAAGACCCGCGGCAUCUUUGAGACCAAGUUCCUUUCCCAGAUCGAGAGUGACCGUCUGGCUCUGCGGCAGGUCCGCUCCAUCCUGCAGCACCUGGGUCUAACCAGCAGCACGUGUGACGACAGCAUCCUGGUGAAGGAGGUGUGCAGCGUGGUGUCUCAGAGAGCCGCCCAGCUGUGUGGCGCUGCGCUCGCUGCCGUGGUCGACAAAAUCCGUCAGAACCGCAACCUCAACUCGCUCAGCGUCACCGUGGGAGUGGACGGAACCCUGUACAAGCUCCACCCACACUUCUCCAGCAUCCUGCAGGAAACUCUGCAAGAUCUGGCGCCCCAGUGCGACGUCACUCUCCUCCAAUCAGAGGACGGCAGUGGGAAGGGCGCCGCCCUGAUUACAGCCGUGGCCUGCCGCAUGAGAGACGCGUAACAGCGAUGCCGUGUGCCAAGAGGACGAACAAACAGGACGGAGAGAACGAGGGAAAAGGAUCAACUUGAACUUGAAACUAUCUUCUUCCAGCAGUGAUCAGUGCUGUACUGCAGUGUGACUGUUCCCAUUGUGUGUGUGUGUGUGUGUGUGUGUGUGUGUGUGUGUGUGUGAGGGUCUAUUCUUUUUUGCUUUUUAUGCUUUUAUUUUGCUGUUUGUGAGAGUUUACAUAUAAUAAGUGCAGAGAGAUUAAGGGAAGGGGGUUGUGGGGAGAUUACGUGACUUGGAUAGUAAUUUAUUUGUAACAUUACUGUAUCGUGGCGUUUACUGUACACACAUUUAAAAAAAAAAAAUAACGUUUUAUGAAUGUUGAAUGGAGAGAUUUCCAUUGUGUUCAUGAAGGGCCAGUUUCCAGGCUCUCAGUGGGAAGGAGCUGAUUAUCUCUGAGCAAUAUUCCUCACAUCUCAACUGCUUCUGGAGCUUCUCCGUUCUGCUCACGUGCUCCACAAGAUCUUUGCGGGAUCACGUGACCCUCAGAAGCAGGAAAGACACAGCCAUUUCUCCUGCUAGUGAAUCACUGAGACUGGAUUUGUGGAAUAGUGUUUAGAAAAAUAAAACCACCGGAAGACAAUUUACAAAAAAACAAAUUUCACUCUUUAAAUAUUUAAGACUGCUUUCACACUAGCUGUUUUUUUGUGCCGAUAUGAAAAAAAAUUCUCACGUGAUGCAUACACUGUAACCGUAACAACGCUCCCAGCUAGCUAGUCGUAGCUAGUAACCAGCUAACUCGCUUGUAUUAUUAUUACUGGGAACUCGGAUGAUGAUUACACACAAAAUAGCUUCACAAUCCUGCUUUUUUCCACUAUGUAUUUAAAGUAAGCUUCUUCUACAAGAUAUUUUUAAAAUAAAAUGCUAAAAAAUAAAUUAAAAUAAUGACAUUUCAUGUUGAAUGUAAUUCAACUGAAUUACAUUUUUUAAUGAUAUUAAAUUUUCUGAUUGAUUUUUCAACAUUUUUUUCUAAUGAUCAGGUAACAAUGAGCAUCCCAAACCUAGCAACGAUGUCUCUAGGUACAUUAAAAUGCUGAAAUACUGACCUCAGAAAAAAAAUCUCAGUGUCAGGAUCUCGUUACACUCCUUAUAUAAAACUUUUUCAAUCAGCUGUUUGCAGUCACUUUCUAAUUAUUAAAAAAUCCAAAUAAUAAAAUGUAUAUUGUCAUAUCACCCAGACCUACACGCUAGACCUGGAGUGUGCACAUAUAAAGGGAAAAAAACUGUUUUAGUUAAGAUGUAGAUUUUACGUUAAGUUUACGUUAACACUUUUAAUAUUAAUUGCUGUACAUCUUUUUCCUACAAUCUACACUCCAGUUUUCAAAUAAAAGUAUUUUGUAUACAAAAUGGCGGCUCGUUUGUAACUGGAAUGAUUUUUAGAGGUCACUGAUGUACGUGGAUGUUUCUCACACAAGUGCAUUUACAGUAUUUUUAAGUGUUAAUACGAUGAUGAUGAUUAUUACUCAGUGAAAUAGCUUUCUGUUGUAGUUUUACAUGAUAUCUGUUUAUCAUCAGCUCUUUUACAGAGCACACUUUCCACAUUUUCAAGCUUCAAAGUGAGGAGAAAUGUUUUAUUUCUAAAUCAGUCCCUUUAACAGUUUCAGAUCUUCCAGCUAACAUGUCAGCAUGAUACUCUGUUUACUGAGAAUUGAUUUUUGCUCUUUAUCUCGUUACUUCCUCAUGCAGUUUCAUGUUAGUUUAUGUGAUCCCUGAAAUAAAGAUUUAACGAUCAUCCAGUGAA